GAUAAUCGUGCACCUCUUACAACAAAUUAUGAUAAAGAAAAAUUACAAUUUGAUUUUAUGUUGAGAUUAUCAAAAACCGACGCUUAGUGUCAUUGAUCUUAAAUAGUUUUAUUACAGAGGCUAUACGAAUAUCGUCAUCUUUACCAUAUCCAUAUUCUUUUAACUAUAGUACUACAUAUAUUUCUACUGCAGUGUCAGAAAUGAACUUAAAAACAUCAAUUUACAAAUUAACCCUAUGUAAUAUUUUCCUUUAAACUCAGGUUCCCUAAAACAGUAUUCAUACUAUGUGUGUUGUAGUGCAUACAUUAAUAUACAGUAGAUAGAUGUAUGUUCAGUCUAAAAAUUCACAUUCCUCAAUGUCUGACCUUUUUGACCCGCAAGGACAUUAUGUGACCGAAAGGGGCAUUAUACUCCCAUUAACACUAUAAUUAUAACCACUGGCCAGAGCAGGGUGGUCACUGCGUUUUCAGCCAACAGAACAUCAGCAUCGAUCAUUGGUAUAGUCUGACUUUGCAAGAUAGCUAGGAGAAGAACAAAAUUGACCAUGGAUAAAUAUGUUAUUGUCGAGUUUCUGGACACCAAAGAGGUGGAAGUGGUCUCCUCCAAGUGGCUGGGGACGAAUGACGGGAGACAGAGUUGCCGAUGGCCCCCCUGUGACGCCGCAAGCGCGAAGAACGCAGUGAUGCGGCACGACCCUCCAGAAGACACCUGGCCUUGGUUUACCUGUGAGGUUCAGGAAGGCGGAAGUACAGCUUCCUAUGACAAGGCCCGAAAAAAACUCAGUAAGGCUGAAAAUUGUUUACCCUUGGCAACUACGGACGACGAACACGUUGGUAGACGUAGAGUAGGACGCCCUGGACGCUUUCGAGAAAGCAGCGAUGACGAACCCGAACUUGUCGUCAAGAGGGCGAAAAAGCUAACCUCACCCCGGCCCUCACCCCCUGCCUUUCCAGGAAACACUAGCUCCCGGUCGUCUACGCAUUCAACGCCCACAACUUCCCGCACAUCUGGUCCAGAGACGCCUACAACUUCCCGCGCACCUGGUCUAGACACGCCUACAAUUUCCCGCACACCUGGUCCAGACACGCCUACAACGAGUAACGCGAUUAAUCCUGCUCCUCCACAGAUAAGUGUCCAACAGUUCGAGCACAGUGUCAUCCGAUUGCUGAACGAGAUCAAGCAACAGGGUCGGCAGAAUGCCACCAUGAUGCAAAGUCUGCUCAAUACUCGAGGCCAGAGUGUUGAGGCAGACACCAUGGACAUGGGAGAGGAGGCUCACCUGCCAGUCUCCAAUAUCACUGAGCUGGAGCAGCUGAAUGAGCAGCUGAAGGCGAAGCCAUUCAAAAAGAAACUUAUUAAAUCUCUUGGUACGCUCGGUGGAACGACAGAAAAAGAAGUAGUUGCUAGGAUACUGAAAGCGAUGCUUGAAGACGAACUGGCUACCAAUUUGAAUUGGAAAGGGAUGGGACAAAAAGUCGGCAUUUGCAAAAUGGACAUUGCAGAUGUUAUAUUGCGUGCCACUAGAAGAUCAUGGGAAUCUGCCCCAAAUACUUCUACUGAAGAUCUUAUAAAGAAGUGGCUGAGAUACAGCAGUGACAGGUCUGGAGGACGCCGAAAGAGAGAAGAAAAAAAGAAAGCAGCUGCAUUAAUUGAGAUUGAGGAAGGCAACGACCCAAACAACGAAAGCGACGUGGGUGCAGAUGAAGAGGACAGUGAUUGACUGAUACACUCGUGAUACCACUCUCACCCCCCCCCCCCCUCCUCUUGACUCGUGAACUCUUUUUAAACUCUGCUGGCUGGAGGAGGAAAAAAUCUACUGAACUUUUUUUUCUUUGGCCCCAGCAGUUAGAGUUAUAAGAUACUGCUCAUCAACUAUCAAUCGGUUUUAUGAAUAUGAGACAGUUUCAUCCUUUUGGUCAUCCAGCAGAUAUGAUUGGACAAAGCUUAUGGAAUGCAUGCUUAUUUAUGUUAAAAAUGAGAGAACUACUUAUGAAUACGUUUGCAUACACUGUGAGGAACCAUUCAACAUUUUCCCUUUCCCCCUCUAUAUACAUCAGUUUGCUUUAUACAUGUUUAACGUGACAAAAUUGUAAUAAUACAACUUUGAGUUUAGUUGGCUACUAAGGGGAUAAUAUUUUACUUUAAUGCUUAGACCACCUAAAUUAGGUAAGUGUCGUACUAUGGAGACUUUGGACUUUCAUUUUUAAGACGAAAUAGUUGAAAUGUGAUACUUGUCACAUAUGUACGUUGUUGCACACAAAAUUGCCAAACAGUGUGUUAUCUAGUGCAUGUUCUAAGUUCCAAAUACAUUGUACGAUACAUCCAAGGUCUUAAUUGCGUAGUUGCCUGCGGACUUCACCGCCAAUAAUUGGCCAGGCCAUUUCCGCCACAUUGUCCUGUACGACAUGAGAAGGAAUAGUUUUUGCCAAGGUUUUGUUUGGAGGUCUACACUUUUUGUAAAUAUGGAUUCUCUCAAAUUUGUUGGCAUUUACGUCAUUCUUCUUUUAUUUUAACAACGUCAACCUUGUCCCGUACGACAUACAGUUAAUAGCCAAUUAUUCACGCCCCUUGUAUACAUUUGAUGUUUUUUUUUUUUUUUUUUCGUAACUCAAGAAUAAAAGGUGGACUGGGUGAAUUCGGAUAUUUGCUGAAUACUGUUAGAUGCAAGCUUUAAUAUGCCACAUUCUCAAGAGUCUUAAAUCACCACAAAUCAAAUUAUUCAAAUACUUAAAAGUAAAAAUAAAAUUGCCGAGGGUAUGAAUAAUUUAGUUGUUGAUUUUAUUUCGUGUUGUACGGGCCUGGCAUGUCCCAUAUUGUCAACGAAUACAUUUAUUGCUUCAUCCCAACUAUAAACACAAAGUUAUGCAGGAUUUACUGAUAUACUAUGUAUAGUAAGUUUGUAACCCUGUAAAAUGAGGUCUCAACAAGUAUUUGUACCAGUAGAUUAACAUAAUGCACAUGCUUAAAGGGGAACUAAUCCUAUUGAAUUUUAUUUGACAAAUAGAUGUACUUGAUGAUAGAUUGAAGAAGGGCUCAACUACAAUGCAGUUGUUUAUGAGUGAAAUUUAAAGAAAUUUUGGGAAUUGUAAUUUUUUUAUCGAGAUUUGUUUUUCUCUCUUUCAUGUAGUAUCACACAAGAAUCAGUGCAAAUUACAUUGAAACGUCUCUCCUGCAAUUUUGACUUGAACUGUGUAAUACUAAACUACAUGUAUAAUCUUUUGUUGGUGGAGAAUCCAUUAAACAAAAUGGUACAUCAAAUUGAAAAUACGAUUAACACACCACUUUGCCACAUAUUAUGUAAGAUAACAUCUAAUUCCUUAGGCGAAACAAAGUAUUUUCUUAAGACCAUUUAUCUCUUCACAUAAAAUUGGAUCUUUGAACCCAUAAUGCUGUAGGCAUCUUUAUUUUGUGACGAAUGUCAUGCCAAUAAAUUCAGCAUGGAAUCUCAUUCAGGAUGACAUUGAUUAAAAUAUGAAGAGUAGAUGCCUGGGGCUUUGCUCGCCAGUAAGAAUCGACUGCACGACAUACUUGUUUCAGUGAUUGAUACAUGUACAGUGUAGACCUACAUUAAAAAAGAAACAAAACUUACACCUAAAUUAUACUUCAAUGCUAUUCUUGAAACAGCUUGAACAUGUAUUACAUUUAUUUAUUGGAUUUAGUGUAAACAAAAACGAUCAUGAAUCCAUGUACCAAGAUGUCCAUAAUUUUCAUGUACAUGUAUUUAGUACAGCUUCUGAAGGGGUUAAAACAUUUAUACGUAGACAGGAGUGUUGACGUAUUGCGUUGUUUUUGUUCGAUAUUCGGUUUUUGUUUCAGGUACCACAUUCUUUUUAGUAUGUCUUAAUUACACAUAAUGUACUUUGUAUUCAACUGUAACGCUGCUUCAUAACAGAGAUUAAACAAAGGAUAAAGUAGA